AUGGCGGCGAACAUAGACGAAAGUGUGAUGUUGGAAAUCAUUAACACAAAAUACAAGAAAAACACGGGAAUGCUUCGUCUGCUCACAAACAGAAUAACGUGGACGCUUCAAGGGACUAGUGCACCAAAGAUUGACUGCAAAUAUUCCGAAAUCAAAGUGCAAAGGAUUAGUCCAGAAGGAAGUUCAAAAAUUCAGCUCCAGAUCGUCCUCCAUGAUGGAAAUUCACACAGCUUUCAGUUCACCAAUCCAUCACCAGAGACAGCAAAGAGUAAACGUAAUGAAGUGAAAGAUUUACUAGCGCAGCUAAUACCAGCACAUAGACUGAAAGCUACUAAAGAAUUAGAAGAGAAAAACAGAAUUUUAAAGGAAAAUCCAGAUGUCUAUCAAUUGUACAAGGACCUGGUGGUCAGUGGAAUUAUUACAUCUGAAGAAUUCUGGGCAAACAGAGGAAAGGUUUCUGAAUCGCUGAAUACAGAUUCCAGUACUCAGUCAGUUGGGAUUUCAUCUGUUCUUUUGGGUGAUGCCCAGCCCAUGAGUUCUGGCUGUAACGAGGUUAAAUAUAAUUUAAAUACUGAUACAAUUGAAGCAAUAUUCAGGACUUAUCCAGCAGUGAAAAAGAAGCAUGCAGAAGUUGUGCCAGAUAAGAUGACAGAGAAAGAGUUCUGGACCAAGUUUUUCCAGUCUCAUUACUUUCAUCGCGACAGGACAACAAAGAUCGCUGCUUCAGACAUGUUCACUGAAUGCGCCAAGCAAGAUGAACAGGAGCAACUUACAAGUCGACUGUCACAUCUGAAGGAUCAUAUUUUGGAUUUGACAGGAGUUUCGCCUCUACCUGAUGAAGGAUAUGGUUCCGUCCCAGCUGACAGCCAGUCUGACCAAUCAGCUAAAAGUACGUCAGGACAAUCGUUAUUUCGUCGUCUUAACCACCAUAGUCUAAUGGUUCUACUAACAAACCAAACAUCAACGCUGUCAACAGCACCUGAACCACAACAAAAUGGUGGUAUUCAAGCAGAACCACCUUCAAAAAAGAGUCGCAUACGUGAUGACAUUGGCUACGAAGACCUUCAAGAGGAGGAAACAACACAGCCACAAAGCUUAAAGAUUGUUACCACAAAUAAAUAUUCACAGAAUAAUGAACACGAAAAUGGUUAUUCCAGUCAUUCUAUCAAGAGUGCAAUCGACAGUCACACAGCCAUGGAGCACUGUAAAUAUGAAAUUAAAACCUGGACACCACAGCUUACAGAUGUGCUGACGAGUGAACAGGCAUGUCACGUGUUAACAGAAAUGUCGCCUGGUGGCUCUAUGAUGGACUCCACGUCACAUACAAAUAUACAACACUCUUUGUCCGAAUCACUGUUUGCAGAACUCAGACAACAAUACAGCGCGCUGGCAGAACUAUUGAGACAUUUCUGGCUGUGUUUUCCCACCACAUCGCCAUUUCUAGAAGAAAAGCUUGUUCGAAUGGGACACAGCCUGGAAAAAUAUCGCGAUAAUAAACUUGUACAGCUACGGCAAAAACUACCACAAGAAGAAUUAUACUUAACAGAUCAUCUGACUCAAAUGUUGAACACUGCUCUUACGAAGUUCCAAGCUUGGGAAGAGAAGAGAACUACUUCAAAGAAAACUAGCUGACAUCACCUUUGUAAAUAUUCUACAAAUGUUAUCACUGAUGCUUGCGAUUGUACAGAAAAGCCGGAGUCGUAAGUGGAACAGAAAUUCAAAGAAAUCGUAAGCGCAAGAAUCGGAGGUUUUUUUUCUCUCUCUUUCUCUUUUAUGCUUGUAACUCCGAUUUCGACGCUUGAGAUGAAUGGAUGAGAAAUAGAAUAUUGGAAUUGAGGUUGGAAGAGAACAACGAUUCAACGCUAAUAUACUUCUAAGCUGUUAAAAAGCAACAUAGCUUGCCAUUUUUAAAAUGGCGACUUUCGUGCGACGCCAUUUUGAGAAACGCCAUGAAGAGAGGCCCUGGAAACGAGAUUGAUUCUGCUUAGAAAAGAAUGUGUAGCAAGCGUUUUCGCAYGAUUUUAAAUGUUGAAACCCCCACUUUCGACCGGUUAGUGCAAGAAGAAGCAGUACUUUUCGACUGUUAUAUAGUAUAUUUAAUAAUGAAAUUCAAGAAAAAAAAUGUUGCGUACAAGUUUGAUAGGAAUAAAUUAUGAUUUUUGAUGUUUA